AUGAGAUACUACGGCAACUACUAUGGAGGCCUGGGCUGCAGCUGUGGAGGCUUCGGUGGCCUGGGCUGCGGCGGCUGGGGAUGUGGCAGCUUCCGCAGACUGGGCUGUGGCUGGGGCUGGGGAGGCCUCAGACAUGGCUCCUGCCGCCCACUGUGCUACGGCGGAUAUGGGUUCUCUAGCUUCUACUGA